ACAUGCUCAGGCGCAUAGCCCUCCCCUCUUCCCUACCUCCGCUUUCCUCCCUCUCGCGCCGCCGCCGCCGCUGCCGCCACCUCCGCAGGCAGCCCACCGCGAAGCGAGGUCGAAUCAGCCAUGGCAGACGCCAAGGCCACGACGGCGGUCACCCUCCGCACCCGCAAGUUCAUGACCAACCGCCUGCUCGCCCGUAAGCAGUUCGUGCUCGAGGUCAUCCACCCGGGCCGCGCCAACGUCUCCAAGGCGGAGCUGAAGGAGAGGCUCGCCAAGGUGUACGAGGUGAAGGACCCCAACUGCAUCUUCGUCUUCAAGUUCCGCACCCACUUCGGAGGCGGCAAGUCCUCCGGAUUCGGUCUCAUCUACGACAACCUCGAGUCCGCCAAGAAGUUCGAGCCCAAGUACCGCCUCAUCAGGAAUGGCCUUGCUACCAAGGUAGAGAAGUCACGCAAGCAGAUCAAGGAAAGGAAGAACAGGACAAAGAAGAUCCGUGGUGUGAAGAAGACCAAGGCCGGAGAUGCCAAGAAGAAAUAAGAACAUUUCUGUCUUCAUCUUUUCACUAUCAGCCUUUGCUUGGUUUAGGACGGUAUCCCUGUGGCAAUGUUGCUGAGUGCUUAAUUAUGACUAGAAAAGACUAUGCCAUUUGUGUCAUCUCCCGCUAUGUUAAGAGGCAUUUUGUAGUAUCUUAUGCUAAGAUUUUGAGGAACUUGGUCAGACUAUCUCAUAUACACCUGUUGUCGUUGUUCUUGGUUUCGGCCAUUAAUCAGUCAAAAUGCAUUGUGUGCUUUAUUUA